AUGACUGUGUCACCGACCAUUACGGAGGACAUGGGCGAAGAUUUGCGGGAGAUGAUUGCUCGUACCCGCAAAAACCCUAUAUCUCUCUUUUUGGAAUUGUACAUGCAUGUGUUCAAGUCGACUCCUGAAGUAAUGGUUGAGACUAUCCAUGGAGAAGAGAAGGGGACGUUUCUUUUUGUGAUGUCUGUCCAGGUUGGAAACGUGUUGGUAAGAGGGGCACCACACCGCACUAAGAAAAUCGCCAAAAUGGAUUGCUUUGUCAAGGGAGUCAAGGUUCUGUGCGAAAAGUUCUCCGUGGAUAUUGCGAAGUCAGCACAGGAUCUUGAAUUCAAGCAGGAAACUACGUUCUCUGAACUUCUUCGUAAACACACCUACGCGAAGUUUUACGGACUCGGUAAUGCAUACCCUGAGAUUAUCGGAUCAGAGAAGGUGAUCGCUGGCAUCUUUCUCGUUACGAGGAAUCAUCAUGGAAGCAGUGCCGAUUUGGUGUCUUUAGGCACAGGAAAUAAGGGUCUUAGGGGUGAUAUGCUCAGCCUCCAUGGACUCUCUGUGAAUGACUGUCAUGCUGAGGUAGUUGCUCGUCGAGGACUAUUUUUGUACGCGCAGGUGUUGUUGUACACCCAGGACGCCUCUAAAUCGAUUUUCGUGAAGACCAAUGAACUAGGAAAGUUAGCACUUCGGAAGGGUCUGUCAUUUCAUCUGUUUGUCAAUACCGCUCCAUGUGGAGACGCUCGUGCAUACGUUCUGAACGAGGAUGGUGAGCAAAUCAAUGAGAUCGAGUCGCACAGCAACCUUCGGUUCAAAAUCGAGAGCGGUAUGGGAACGAUACUUGGUCGCACACCAGAAGUUCUGGGUCCACAAACAAUAGACGGAAUUGCUGGAGGGGAACGUAUUAGGACUAUGUCAUGUAGCGACAAGAUCAUGCGGUGGAAUGUUCUUGGAAUUCAAGGAGAACUGUUGUCACUGCUUAUUGAUCCUAUUUACCUCUCUUCAAUAUCAGUAGCCGAGAAGGCGGACAAAAGUCGCUUAGAACGUGCUCUUUUCCGUCGUGUGGAAGGAUUUGUCCCUGUAGCGCCAUUUCGUGUGAACAAACCAUACAUUGGGCAUUGCCAGGCUGAUUCAAAUCCUCGAGAUACUUCACCUGGCACUCCAUUGUCGAUCAACUGGAACAUUGCAGACGACUCUAUCGAGAUUUUGCGGCCAAACAUUGGUCGACUGGACAAGGACGCUCACGGUGUUUCACGCAUUUCCAAAAGUCAGAUCGCAGUGCUCUUCAAAAAAAUCUGCAGCGACCUUGGGAGACCUGUCCCGAAGGGGUACACUUAUGAAAACAUGAAGGUUCAUUGCCAAGCUUAUGAACAAGGCAGAAUUUCGCUAGAAACGUGGUGA